CCCUAUCAAAGUCUGCGUGUCGGGCCUCAUUCCACCAUGAGAUGGAAAUUCCCUCUAGGCAGAGAGAUGAAGAGGGUCAUGGGAUCGCUAAAGGAUUACCUUCAAAGGAAGUCAUGAGGUUGGGUUGAACAAAGAGAGACUCACAUGCUCAUCAUAUGAGACUCUCAUCUUAAUUCCCAAACUUCAUGGGGCUUCAGAGAGUCUGGGAGACCAAGACCAAAGAGGAGAUUUCAGAACUAACCCAUCUAAACCACAAAACCAAUACAAAGACAGAAGCCCAGCAUUGAAUUGCGAUGAAACCUUAUAGAUGUCUGCGUCUUUCCAUAUUUUGCAGUAAGGUUCUCUGGAGCAAUGUAAGACCCUCGUGGCUCGGGUCUGGAAGCGUUAAUCCGUCAUAAUCCCUUCAGAAUUCUUUCGUGCAAAGCCGGCGGCUGGAAACUUACUUAGUUUUCCCAAAAAGCCACGGGAAUGUGGUGCACGUCCUUCUUGGAUGGCCCAAGAAGAUGUCUUGAGAACAUCUCGAAGUCAUUCUGAAGCCAGGAGAGAAGUUGGGACCAGACGAACCGACAAGAUGCCAUUUGUCUGUCACUGUAGAUGCAUUUGCUUCAAUAUUUUCGGAGGAUUAUAAUCAAGCCGUGGGGUCAAAAGGCUUGGAUAGAGAAGACCUUUUUCAAGAGAGAGUGCAUCUACAUAAUUGCCAACAGCAAAGAUGCCACCAGGUGCUGCUGCGGCCAGGUUCUUACUCAGCACACCCCAAUCCCUGCAAAUACGACAGCAAACAAAAAUGGAGAAGAGCCUACCAAGCAAGUGGACACACAGCCUGAGAAAUGGUCCGUCAGUAAACACACCCAUGCGCUCCCAACCGAUGCCUACGGGAACCUUGAGUUCCAAGGAGGAGGGCACACCAACAAGUCCAUGUAUAUCCGAGUGUCUUACGACACGAAGCCGGACGCACUGCUGCACCUCAUGGUGAAGGAAUGGCAGCUGGAACUUCCCAAGCUCUUAAUCUCUGUCCAUGGAGGCCUGCAAAACUUUGAGCUGCAACCCAAACUGAAGCAAGUUUUUGGGAAAGGCCUCAUCAAGGCUGCCAUGACAACUGGUGCUUGGAUCUUCACUGGAGGAGUCAGUACAGGAGUCAUUCGCCACGUUGGAGAUGCCUUGAAAGACCACUCUUCCAAGUCCAGAGGACGAAUCUGUGCCAUAGGAAUUGCUCCAUGGGGCAUCGUGGAGAACAAGCAGGACUUGAUUGGGAAAGAUGUGACAAGAGUGUAUCAAACCAUGUCAAACCCACUAAGCAAACUCUCUGUGCUCAACAGUUCCCAUACGCACUUCAUCCUCGCCGACAACGGCACCUUGGGCAAAUACGGGGCGGAAGUCAAACUCAGGCGCCAGCUGGAGAAACACAUCUCCCUCCAGAAAAUCAACACCCGUCUUGGGCAGGGGGUCCCCGUGGUUGGACUGAUAGUGGAAGGAGGACCCAACGUGAUUUCAAUCGUCUUGGAGUGCCUCCGUGAAGACCCGCCGCUUCCCGUUGUGAUCUGCGACGGCAGUGGCCGAGCGUCAGACAUCUUAUCAUUUGCGCACAAGUACUCAGAAGAAGGAGGCAUCAUUAGCGAGUCACUCAGGGACCAGCUACUUGUCACCAUCCAGAAAACCUUUAACUACAGCCGGAAUCAAGCUCACCAGCUGUUUGUUAUCCUCAUGGAAUGUAUGAAGAAGAAAGAACUGAUCACUGUGUUCCGCAUGGGAUCCGAAGGACAGCAGGACAUUGAGAUGUCUAUCUUGACAGCGUUGCUUAAAGGUACCAAUGCGUCCGCACCGGAUCAGUUGAGUUUAGCCUUGGCUUGGAACCGGGUGGAUAUCGCACGCAGUCAGAUCUUUGUCUUUGGACACCACUGGCCGCCCUUGGGAAGCCUUACAGCCGCCGAUGGGACAGGCCCUGAAAAGGAAAAGAAAUCUCCAGUGCCUCAAGCAAAAGGAAGAGGGAAAGGAAAAGGAAAAAAGAAGGGAGGGAAGCAGAAGGAAGAGCCAGAGGAAGAAACGGACCCAAGGAAGCUUGAAUUACUAAGCUGGGUAAACUCCCUGGAGCAAGCAAUGUUGGAUGCCCUGGUCUUGGAUCGGGUGGAUUUUGUAAAGCUCCUGAUUGAAAAUGGAGUCAGCAUGCAGCGUUUCCUCACGAUCCCGCGGUUGGAGGAACUUUACAACACGAGAUUGGGUCCGCCAAACACCCUACAUCUGCUUGUCAGGGAUGUGAAAAAGGGCAACCUGCCUCCAGAUUACCACAUCAGCCUCAUUGACAUUGGCCUGGUGCUAGAAUAUCUCAUGGGGGGAGCGUAUCGCUGCAACUAUACGCGGAAGAGCUUCCGAACCCUGUACAACAAUUUAUUUGGACCAAAGAGGCCUAAAGCUCUCAAGCUUCUAGGGAUGGAGGAUGAUGAGCCUCCAAGCAAAGGCAAGAAGAAGAAGAAGAAAAAGGAGGAGGAGAUCGACAUUGACGUGGACGAUCCGGAGGUCAGCCGCUUCCAGUACCCCUUCCAUGAGCUCAUGGUUUGGGCGGUGCUGAUGAAGCGCCAGAAGAUGGCCCUUUUCCUUUGGCAGCGGGGCGAGGAAUCCAUGGCUAAGGCUCUGGUGGCUUGCAAACUCUACAAAGCCAUGGCCCACGAGUCUUCGGAGAGCGAGUUGGUGGAUGACAUCUCCCAAGACUUGGACAACAACUCCAAGGAUUUUGGCCAGUUGGCUGUGGAGCUUCUGGACCAGUCCUACAAACACGAUGAGCAGGUGGCCAUGAAGCUCCUGACCUACGAGCUGAAAAACUGGAGCAAUUCCACCUGCCUGAAACUUGCGGUGGCAGCCAAGCACCGGGACUUCAUUGCACACACUUGCAGCCAGAUGUUACUCACAGACAUGUGGAUGGGGAGGCUGCGGAUGCGGAAGAACCCGGGUCUCAAGGUUAUAAUGGGGAUCCUGCUUCCUCCGACCAUCUUGUUCCUGGAGUUUCGCACCCACGAUGACUACUCCUACCAAACGUCAAAGGAGAACGAAGUUGGGAAAGAAAAGGAUGAGGACAAUGCGGACCCAAAUGCUGAUACCGGUUCCCGAAAGGGAGAUGAAGAAGAUGGAAACAAAAAGCAAAGGAGCCUUCCCAUUGGGACAAAGAUCUAUGAAUUCUACAACGCACCCAUUGUGAAGUUUUGGUUUUACACAAUCUCAUACUUGGGCUACUUAAUGAUGUUCAAUUACAUAAUCCUGGUCCGGAUGGACCGUUGGCCAUCACUCCAAGAGUGGAUUGUCAUCUCAUACAUCGUGACCCUGGCCUUAGAGAAAGUGAGAGAGAUUUUGAUGUCAGAGCCUGGUAAAUUAAGUCAGAAAAUAAAAGUGUGGCUACAGGAAUAUUGGAACAUCACCGACCUGGUUGCCAUUUCCGUGUUCAUAAUUGGGGCCAUCCUUCGCUUGCAAAACCAGCCUUACAUGGGUUACGGGAGAGUGAUCUACUGCGUGGAUAUCAUUUUCUGGUACAUCCGUGUCCUGGACAUUUUUGGCGUGAAUAAGUACCUGGGACCUUACGUCAUGAUGAUUGGGAAAAUGAUGAUCGAUAUGCUGUACUUCGUGGUGAUCAUGCUUGUGGUAUUGAUGAGCUUCGGAGUCGCCCGACAGGCCAUCCUGCAUCCGGACGAGGAGCCCUCUUGGCGCUUGGCCCGUAACAUCUUCUACAUGCCCUACUGGAUGAUCUACGGAGAGGUCUUUGCUGACCAGAUAGACCUCUAUGCCAUGGAAAUUAAUCCUCCUUGUGGGGACAACCUUUACGAUGAAGAUGGCAAACGGCUCCCUCCUUGUAUUCCCGGCGCUUGGCUGACUCCGGCCAUCAUGGCUUGCUACCUCUUGGUAGCCAACAUUUUGCUGGUCAACCUGUUGAUCGCUGUCUUCAACAACACCUUCUUCGAGGUGAAGUCCAUCUCCAACCAAGUCUGGAAAUUCCAGCGGUAUCAGCUCAUCAUGACCUUUCAUGACAGGCCAGUGCUUCCGCCGCCCAUGAUCAUCUUCAGCCACCUUUACAUCAUCCUGAUUCGCCUCUGCUGCCGCUGCAAGAAGCAAAGGGAAGGGGAACAAGACGAACGCGACCGAGGGCUGAAGCUGUUUCUAAAUGAAGAAGAGUUGAAAAAACUAUAUGAAUUUGAGGAACAAUGCGUCGAGGAAUAUUUCCGUGAAAAAGAGGAUGAAGAACAGUCUUCGAACGAUGAACGUAUCAGAGUUACUUCUGAAAGAGUCGAAAACAUGUCUAUGAGAUUAGAAGAAGUGAAUGAAAGAGAACAUUUCAUGAAAGCCUCUCUUCAGACGGUUGACCUCCGACUUUCUCAGCUGGAAGAGCUCUCCAGCCGCAUGGCAAAUGCCAUGGAAAAGCUGGCCGGCAUUGAUAAAGCCGAGUUGACUCACACACGCUCCCGGGCAUCCUCCGAGUGCGACACGGCUUACCUCCUCAGGCAAAGCAGCGUGAACAGUUCUGAUGGCUACAGCAUGUACAGGUAUCACGGCGAUGAGCUAGGCUACGAGGACCUGCCUGCUGCCCCAAUGUCCCCAGCCUUGGCCUUGCGCAAAGCAGAUCCAAAGUUGCAUUUGUCUCCGGAACGCCAAGGGAGCCUCCGCGCCAUCUCAAGUCCGAUUGCACUGGCCUCUACAGAUCACAGCAAGAACACCUUAGAUGUUGCGCAGACCGCCUCUGGACCAUGUACGGGAGACAGGCAGGAUCACUACAAGAGUGAAGAGACAAUAUCCCAAACCCUCAACCAAAUGGAUAGCGUUUUAAAAGUACAGUCUGGAUUGGUGCCAGAGUCUCCAAAUGCCCAUUUGGCACUUGAGAGGACCAAAUUAGAAGCCACCAUCUCCUAUCCCUUGGACAGACCGAGAGCCCUGAAGUACUACCCUUCCGAAACGUUCAACAGUUGUCAAGCGACCAUGAUGAAAUCGAGGAGCUAUAUCUUUGCGCAAGGUGGUGGGAAGAUGGUUGGAGGGGUCAACAACUGGACCCUCAUGGACCAGGAAUACAGGACCAUUCUGGGUCAAGUGUGCCCUUCUACGGUUGAGCAGUGGACAGCCGAAUGGAAGUAUGAGCUUCAGCAAAAGCUCGCCGAUGAACCUCCUCCUGAAUAUCCUGGCAUCAUCGAUGAGGCAGAGAUGCAGGCUGAGAGGAAACAGCUGCUGACGGACACCGAGGACGACAGCGACGCUGGCGAAGUUGUGGCUCCCAGUGCCUCCCAUCCUUCUUCACCCGUCGCGCAACGGACAGAUGCAGACAACCAGCUGUUGGUCAACUCCGACAGGACUUGUGGGUUUCCAUCUGUACGCUCCAAGAGUUUGCACGGCCAUUCCCGAAAAGCCAAGCCCAUUAAGGACAAGCUUAAUAGACCAGGACACGCCAGCAGCGUGAGCAGUCUAACGGUGACCUGCGGAAAUGCAACGGAAGAACAGAAAACUAGCAAAGAAAAUGCCUCCGCCACUGAGACUGAAUGCUAAAAUGGCCUUUUUACCCUCACCAGACGGCAGAGAACCAUCUGGGAAACUGCUGAAGGAACCAGCCAUGAGCAUCCAUUGCUUAAAGAGCCAAUGGGCCUUGGGUAGUUUGCUGUUUUCUUUCGCAGGUGCAUCACAUGCUCUUUGUUAUGAAGUGAUAAUGUGCACCAUAAGAGUUUCUAACUCAUUUAGGCACCAGACUGUUAUGUUGAUGGGGAUGGGAGGUGUUUUAAUACUUAUCACAAAUGCAAUUUUUUUUACAAAUAUAUAUAUAUUUAA